CUAAAUAUUAUGACACUUGAUAUAACUGAACAUACCUGCUGGUUACAUUGCAGCGGAUCCAUGUUGAGGCAAGGUGGUUUAUGUCUGUGUGACACUGCUGUCCUCAAACUCCCUGUCUUUGUCUCUCCAAAUGUCUUUUUCAUAAAGUCGCACACCGUUACCUAUUUGACAGAUAAUAUAGAGGGUCACUAAUCUGCAUUCACUGUGCUUGAUGUGUAGGGUUAGGGUUGGUGCAGUGACAGAAAUAGAGGGAGAGAAGGAAAGAUACUAUUUUAAAUUGUAUUUUUAUAAAGGUGUGACACAACUUUACUUUCAAUUACCUUCUUGUCAGGGAGCUAUUACAGUUUCUAAACUGUUGGGGGGCAUGAUGACAAACUUGCAAGAAGCUAAGAUAAAUACAUAGAAGGGAACACAGAGGAUAGAGAGGAAGAUAAAGUAAGAGAAAAAGAGAGAGAGAGGGACUCAUCAUCUGUGUUACAAAUGUUGCACAUGAGCGUUGGGGGGAGGUUGUCUGUGUUGCGAUUAACGCGCUCCCUCAGCUGGGUGUUCAUUUCAAUCUGCAGUACGAUAUCCUGAAGUCUGAACCCUUGGAUGAGGGUCACUUGCCAGAGGAGGAUUUUUUUUUUUCUGCCUCUCUGUUUUUUAUACUUCCUUCUUGGGCAGAAGGCUGGUGUAAUAGAAACCAGACACAAGCCAGAAUGUGAGGCAUUCACAGCGGCAAGACCUCACUUUUCACAGAGUGGGAAAACAGGAUUAAAAGUCUAGCCUGAUAAGUUCAGUCACUGCUCUCGUUUUUGUCCUUCUGGAAGUUAUCAAUAAGACGGAGAAGGCCAGGACAUUAGGAUGGAAGUGGUAUUGCAUGGAUCAGACUGUGCAGGGGAUAUCUAGAGAGGGCAAAGGAGACCUUCAGGAUGGGAAAAGCAUUUGCAACUUUUCCAGAUUCUAGUUGAAAAGUUUGUAAGAGCAACAUGAGCUGGAGCUUUCUCACUCGCCUCCUGGAAGAGAUCCACAAUCACUCCACCUUCGUGGGGAAAGUGUGGCUGACUGUGCUCAUCAUCUUUCGCAUUGUGCUCACAGCAGUCGGAGGUGAGUCCAUCUACUCAGACGAGCAGACCAAGUUCACCUGCAACACCAAGCAGCCGGGCUGUGACAACGUGUGCUAUGAUGCCUUUGCUCCCCUCUCGCAUGUUCGCUUCUGGGUCUUCCAGAUCAUCAUGAUCUCCACUCCCUCCAUCAUGUACAUGGGUUAUGCCAUCCACAAGAUAGCCCGAAGUUCGGAUGAGGAGCGCAGGAAGCACCAAAGACUCCGCAAAAAGCCACCUCCGCACUCGAGAUGGAGAGAGAGCCACCAUCUGGAGGAUGUCUUAGAGGAGGAGGAAGAUGACGAUGCUGAGCCCAUGAUCUAUGAGGAUACGCUGGAGGUGCAGGAGGCCAAGCCUGAACCAGUAAGCAGCACGAGCAAAGACCCACCAAAACACGAUGGCCGCAGAAAAAUUAUGCAAGAAGGCCUGAUGAGAAUCUAUGUUCUUCAGCUCAUGUCGCGGGCUAUUUUUGAAAUUGCUUUCCUUGCGGGACAGUACCUUCUCUAUGGUUUUCGAGUUAGUCCCUCAUAUGUAUGUAACAGGAUUCCCUGUCCACACAGAGUGGACUGUUUCAUCUCCAGGCCCACAGAGAAAACAAUCUUCCUCCUAAUUAUGUAUGUGGUAAGCUGUCUCUGUCUCGUGCUAAAUGUGUGUGAGAUGCUUCAUUUGGGAAUUGGCACUUUUCGGGAUACUCUUCGCAUGAAAAGGAACCGAGGCCGGCGGACAUCCUAUGGUUACCCAUUCUCUCGCAACAUCCCAGCCUCUCCUCCAGGGUACAACCUUGUGAUGAAGACAGACAAACCCAGCAGGAUCCCCAACAGCCUCAUCACCCAUGAGCAGAACAUGGCCAACGUGGCCCAGGAGCAGCAGUGCACCAGCCCAGACGAAAACAUCCCCUCUGAUCUUGCAAGUCUGCAUCGACAUCUACGGGUUGCACAGGAACAGCUCGACAUGGCCUUUCAAACAUAUCAAACCAAAAACAACCAACAGACCUCCAGAACCAGUAGUCCUGUAUCUGGGGGCACUAUGGCAGAACAAAAUCGAGUGAAUACAGUCCAGGAGAAACAAGGCGCAAGGCCAAAGUCGGCCACAGAGAAGGCUGCAACUAUUGUAAAAAAUGGAAAGACCUCUGUCUGGAUCUAGAGAUAAAUCUAAUUUAGUAAAUUAACAGUAAAAACUUUGAGUCUCCAGAACUGCACUGUGACCCAACUGGAGGAUUUGUGUGUGUGUGAGAUACAACCUUGGACAAUAACAUUUGAGAUUUCAAUCACGCUAGCUGAAGAAGUACACAGUAGGACUAGUUGUUGGGAAUAUAUAUAUAUAUAUAUAUACUAUAUAUGAAAAAAAACACACAUGAAGAAAUGAUCAAAUCAUGAAUCCUCUUUGUUACUGUAGUGUGUCAUAUUGUGCUUUGCCAUAGCUUUUGGAUAGGGUUAACAUAUGCUUACUAAGUUCAGCAUCUCUAAUUCCAACUAAAAUGUCAAGUCAUAAACAGACUGCAUUGAGCUAUUUAUCUGAUUUACAUCCGACUGUUACUGAACUGUAUUCAUUUGGAGAAAUUUAACUUUGAAAAUAUGCGAUUGUAUUAUCAAUCCAAAUUUGAAAAUGCCGUGGAAAGGACUUUAGAAAUACACAAUGACUACUUACUGAAGAAUGAUGAUUGUUAUUAGAAAUAUGCAUGUUUAUUAUUUGAAGAAAUAGUUGUGGAUGUGGUACGGAUGAGUGGUCCUUGAACCAAAUUAAAUGUGAAAUACUUUGAUAAAGUGAACAUAACAGGGAUGUGUCACUGAAGGCUUCACUGGUAAACAUCUGCUCAGUGUAAGAAUCCUCAGUCAUUGCGUGCAAAGCUUUCAUCUGUUUUCAAAGCCUUGCAGUGUCAGAUUUAAAGGGAAAGAGGUAAGUGAAUAGGAAAUCUAAUUAUUUUCUAAACUAAAUACUGAUUUUCUGCAAUCUGAAGCAGAUGAUGCAUGCUUUACAACUUGGAACAUACAGUAUACACUUAGACUACAGUAGAGGUCCCAUCCUUAGCUAUUGAGUGAGCUCUUAUCUUAAUUUUAGGCAUGUUAGAUGAGAUACAGAUGAGCAUUGUUCUUUUUCUGUCACCGAAGCAGUAUGUUUCCAAAACUGGUUUCAGAGUAAUAGCUAAUCCUGCCUUCACUGUUUUCAUACUUCAAAGUGCCUCAAAGUCAAGUCAAGACUGUUCUAGAAUUUUAUUCAUGAAAAAAUAAACUUAUUUGAAACCUCA